AGGUUGAAUGAUGGGGCAACGACSCACGAUGCUUGCCAAUACGCAUUGGAGAUGUAUCGUGUUCUACAGGCAAAGGGUAARUUGCGGCUCAACGAUUUCGUAUAUGACAACUUUGACUGCGGACAGUUGUGGGUGUUGGAUGGCCAGCAAGGCAGGGGGGGGACGCCAGUCAGCCAGGACGAUGYAAGAAGGGAUCCUCGAUGGGGUUGGGUGCCAUCUGCAAUCCCAUUUGGAUAUGGCCGUGUUAAGAUGCAAGUGCGUGAUAUCAUGGGCAAUGUGUGGAACGCGCAUUACGAGAACGACAUGUUUUCCUUCCGUCAUUUCGAUAGAGAAGCGACUGCAGACGAAAAGGAGGAGAUGACAUGCCGGCCACGCGAUGCACGCAUCUUCGACCCGCCACUUGGUAAUCCUGUCGAGUUGGCCCUCGCUAAAGUGAUGGUGUUUAGUGGUGAGAAGCGCAUCACAUACGUCCAGUUCUUGGUGGUGGUGACACGUGUCUCCGUUUGCAAUCCUCAUGUGAAGGACCGGGGAUUGUUGGAGGAACACGCGCAGCGUUGCUGGCGUUGCUGGGAGAAGAUAAGGGAGGAAGAAUGGGAGAUGGUGUGCAUGGGAUAUGACUCCCAUAAUGACCAGGCGAUGUGGUCGAUUGUGGAAGACUCGUGCCCCGAGCUAGCACGACCCUCGAUGGAUGACAUGUUUCUGGAGGGCAUUCGACGCAGACACGGGUGCACAUCAGUUCUUGGGUGGGUCCCUGUCGUCUGUCCCAUGACAUAUGAGCAUGGUGAACAAAUGUGCAUGAGAUUCAGAGAGUCUGACCCUCUGGGUGUCCCUUUCCAGCUCACGUAUAUAGAUGGACUGCUGCGACAAAUUCAAUAUGUGGGUGAUGACGAUGCUCGUGCUGCAUCGAAUGCACAACAAACAACACAGCAGCAGCAGGACAUUUCACAUUUGGCAACUCAGGUCGACGGCCCGGAAACAGCAAAUGAUGGGGGAUGUUCUAAUGCAGAACCCGACGAUGGUGACACCCCUGCGGUGCACGUGACAGGGAGGGCAGAGAAGAAGAAGAAGCAGUGCACGUCUAGGCCGCCUCGUGGACUCAGGAGUUCCACAAAAGCAAAAGGCAAAAAAGAAGAUGUCCCAGAUCGAGACCAGACUUCCAAAGCAGCCGCUGCCCCAGUUCCAAAGCGCAGGCGCCGCCAAGGGAUGGCAGCAUUGGCAGAAAUUCGGCAACUUCAACGAUCUACUCACUUGUGCACCGCUUUGAGGCUGUUCAUGAGGGUCGUGCGCGAGGUCGUCGAGAAAGAAAUCGCAMUAGGGAAAUCUAUCAGGUUUCAGAUGAACVCCWUACGUGCGUUGCUGGAAGYGGCCGAAGCAUAUCUUAUCAACCAUUUCGAGAGAACAAACAUCAUUGCUAUCUACUGCAAGAGGGUGACGAUCCAACUGAAGGACCUGAAGCUGGUUGAUAACUUGGCCAAGGCUUGCUGGGUAUACAAAUAUGAAGGCAUUAUCGACGAGCAGAAGAGAGCGGAAAAGCUACGACAGAUGAAUGCUGCAAGGCAGGUUGAGAGAGAAGCGCAGGUGGGGAAGGGGGUGUCUGAGAAGAUAGCAGCAGCACGCAAAGGCGGUGACACUCCAGCGGGGUCGUCGAAGAGGAAAGGAGCGCCGCGCAAAGGCAAUGCAACAAAGAAAAGCAUGAAAUAAGAACAYAGUGAAGACUGCACUGAGACCAGU